CGGCACAACAUAUUGAACUGAUGAUAUCUUGGUUUGGGUAUUUUCGGUCCAUCCGACUGUCCCUCUUGUUUGCCCCGCUAUCGACGUCCGCGAGUAUCUCAGGAGCAUCCAUUUGCGGUUGUGGUGCUUUCUGCUUUGUUCCGAGCAGAAACCUCCGGCCUAAUGACGAUGGAGGGAGGGGUUAUGGCCUUAUCAGUUUCUCGCCCGCUGCGGCUGGGCUUUGUCAUUCUUCGGACGGCGCUGGGUGACGACGUGACUGGGACUCAGGGCCAAAGUGUGGUGUUUGAACAAGACUUCUUCCGCCGUGUGUUGUGUGUUUUCCCAUUGCAACGAGUGCACCUUGGGGACCUAACCUCCCUCACGUCGGCGCUGCUACAACCGUUUGCGCCGGACUUGUGAGCCGCAGAACGAACGCCAUUGCGGUUGUAUAAUCGCACGCAGUCUAGUGUGUCGUCUCGCCUGGAGCUCACCUCCCAUCCCUAUUUGGCAAUUGCCCUGUCGGUUAAUCAGCUGAUAAGACGAAAUUGGCGCGAAUCCGAGUUUGGCCCCCUUCCCCUCCCACCGGGCUUCCCCUCUGUUCCCCGCACCCUCGGCGGGGGGUCCUUUGUUUGGAUUCGUUUCCUCCAAGAAGGCCGCGGUUCAAUGUGAUUUGAUUACAUAACCUGCGCCCGUCUCCAGUCCAGGUGCACCUGCAUUCUUGCGUCGUCCUGCGUGUCCUUCCACCCCAAGAGAACCAUCGCUGGCCCGGUCAACGCCCAAGCUUCUUCGUGAGGAAUGAAUGGAAAUGGAAACCAACUACGACGAAGACUUGAACGAGAAUGUGUUCUACCAAAUGCUGAACGGCGAACACAAAGAGUUAUUUCAAAAGGCCACCGCCGAAGGAUGGGUGAUCUGUGUCCCGCGAGCUGGGUCCUUGCCCAAGUACGCCCUGACGGACAAUGACAUCUACAGUCACAUUCUGAUUCCCAGUGAUGAGUUGCCAGAGAGCCAUUUUCGAUCUUUGAAUGAGAAGGAUGUCCGUAUUUGCAACAGAGUUAUCACAGUUGAGCAGGAUGACAUUUCUCGCCCGUACAGCACUCACAUUCUCUUUGAAGAAACGUUCUACACUGAUGAUUACAUGAAGUAUAAAGUUUUGUGUGUUGAAAGUCCCCUCGACCAGCAGUGUGAACCAGGGCAAAUGAGCGAUGUUGGUAUUGUAUCUGUUAAUACAUUGCAGGAUUGUAUUGAUUUGUUGUGGACAGAGAGCAGUGGCAAAGAUGUCUUGGAACAAAUGGAUGACGCAGUUACCAACUUUCUUAAAGACAAUGACGGUGUUGAACUGGAACCUCUUCAGAAGCAACGAGACCAAACCAGUGCACUGUACUCCAGGUGUCUUCAAAUUGCACUUCGCGACGCCCGUUUAAGAGAGAAGACAACUGCCAACAAACAUCUUCUUCAAAGUGUCAAGGUUGCUGUAGAAACUUAUUUACAUCAUGGUAUCUAUCAUAUUCUUAUCAAGGGGGUCACUGCUUGCACAGCAUAUGAGGAUGCAGCUUUAAACAAAAUUAUUCGAAAUGUGUCUGAUCUUCAGCUCAGAGAUCUAGGUGUUAGGUCAGAUUUGUAUGACACAGUACCUAAGGCUAAGCAGGAGCUUGCAAGAAUUGAUAGAUACAGUACAGUAUUAGGCAAAAUUGGGUGCAUUAAGAAAACUUUAGCUGCCAUAUCUAGGACUAGACCUGGGGAAGACCCAACUAAAGGCAAUAUCAUUGCUGCUGAUGACUUGCUCCCGAUGAUGGUGUUUUUGGUUAUCAAAGCCAGUCUUGCUAACUGGAUUGCUCAUCUUACAGUAAUGAAAACAUUUAGAUUUUCAGCUAGUGCUAGUUGUCAAACUGAUGAAGCAAGCUUUCUCAUCACCUCCUUAGAGGCUGCCAUUGAGCAUGUGAAGUCAGGAGUGCUCUUAGGUCCUUCUGAACCAGAAGCACAGUGGGUUUAUGAGUCAUCUAAAAGUGAAGGAAGUGAUGAUGACUUUGAAGUUAUCAGCAAUUCUGUGGAGACAGUCAAGCUGGAGGCCAGAUCAGAUUUAGAUCCAUCAUCUAUUGCAUACCUUUUUGAACACAUUAGAGUUGGGAAUGAAGAUGAGGUUGUCAAUGUGUUAGAUAAUGGUACAAAACAGCCUAAAAAGGAGGUUGAUUCUAGUCUUGCCCUUUGCCACCCGCUCUGCUCAUGUGACAGAUGUGAGGGGUUGUUGUCAAAAGUCUUGUGUGUCACAACACCUACUAUCCACUCGUGUGAUGACAGAGGUUUUACUGCUCUCCAUGUGGCAAGCCUUUAUGGUCAGCCACAGAUAGUUGAUCUUCUUCUUUCUCGGGGAGCUUCCGUCAACGUGUCUGACUACAGUGGAUCAACUCCCAUGCAUUACGCUGCAUCAAGGGGUCAUCAAAAUGCCUUGUUGCUACUUGCUCACACUGGUGCAGAAAUCCAAUGUCGAGAUAAUGAAGGCAAUGCACCUCUUCAUCUGAGUGCUGGCAAUGGACAUGAAGGUUGUGUGAAGGCUCUUCUAUACUUUUCGGAGCAUGUAGGAGUGAGGUUGGAUGUAAAUUCUACCAAUACUAAUGGAGACACUGCCCUGCAUCAUGCAGCUCGCUGGGGUUAUGAAGGAAUUGUGAACAUUCUGUUGGAAUAUGGUGCAAACCCUAGCAUAGAGAAUAAGCGUAAAUUGACUCCUAGUCACUAUGCCCAUAAUCUGCAUGUAUCGCGACUGCUCUCCAAUGCUGUCUCAAGCAGGGCCACUGGUAAAUCCUCACCACUAGACCUUCUAAAGAAACCAUCUAAGACUCAGUCUGAUGUCUCUAUAGCUGCAGUUUACAAAGAGAAGCUUGAUUUCAGUGAUGACCAUGAAACCUGCUCAUUAAAUGGCAGUAUUGGGGAACAUUCAAGCAUAAGACCUCACAACACUGAACAAAUAAAGAGAGUGGAAAAGUUGCUGAGAGCUAUUGCUGUUGGAGAUACCCGUCUUGCAUGCUACUAUCUAGGGCUAGAAGGACCUGGAGAAAGUCUUCAGUGCAAUAAUGAAGUGAGUAAUGUUGUCAUGUGUCAUCCUUUAUGCAUUUGUGAGAACUGCAGGCCUAAAAAUAUAGAUGUAAAAUCAGGUGCAGUGUCAGAGAGAGUCACUUUAAAUGUAAAUGUUUCCAAUUCGGAAGGGUUUACGCCCUUGCAUAUUGCAGCCAUGAAUGGUCAGUCUGAUUUGAUGCGCUUGUUAUUAGAUGCUGGAGCAUAUCCCAAUGUUCGUACUCGUCAGAAAGGCUGCACUCCUCUUCACUUGGCUUGUCAGCAUCAGCGUGUUGCAGCUGCCAGAAUCCUCACUCAAACAGGAGAAUGUAACUUAAAUUUACAAGACUUGCGAGGCAACAGUGCUUUACAUCAUGCUUGUUUUUCUGGUAAUGCUAAACUUGUGGAACUUCUUGUUAAAGAGGGGGCUAUUGUUGAUUUGAGAAAUGCAGAAGGCAAGAGGCCUGUUGACGAUGCUGAGGAAAAAACGUCCUUAAAUGUGAUAAGACUUUUAAAAAUUGGUAAGACUUCAUCGAAAAGUGUGUAGCUUGAAAUCUGGUCAUUUGCUUUAAUUGGUCACGGCACUGAAUCUCUUUGCCUGUCUGUAAUGUGUCAGUAUGUGCCUUCCUGUCUGUAUACCUAUGGAUCAGUCUCAAGUGUGGACUCUAGUGUCUUUGUGCAUGUUGAUUUACAAAAACAGUCAAGAUUCCUUGAGCAGUUGCUUUACCAUUGUCAUCUGUGAUUUUUGAUAAUGUGUUGUUUUUUUUUAGAUUUAUUUGAAGAUUGCUUUUAUCAGUUUUCCUAUAUGUGUAAGACAUAAAAUAUUUUAAAGACAACUUGUUUGGUAUAACUCUUAAAGACUGUAAAUAACCGUGCUAACAAAAUUUUUUACCUUGUCAAUACUUUAUGAAAGAGCAUUCGUGUGGUUUAAGGAAGUUUGUUUUGUUUACAUUUUUACAUUCCAAAUUUAUUAAUAAAAAUAACUAUCAGUAUUGUUUGAUGCAAUUAAUGAAGGGUACAUGCUUGUUGUUUGAAAAACGUCUCUAUGUAUUCCCAGUUUGAGAUGCAAGAAAUGCAGCUAAGAGAUGUAAUCCUCAUUUUUAAUUAAAAACGUUGUGAAAGUUCA